GCUGCGUCAGUCGCGUCGUAGCUAUCUUACUAGACGGUGCGCUUUUUCGUCGUGAAUCGAUAAAAUCGCGAUUAUUCCAACUGGAAUUUAAAGAGGUCGCGUUCUGUCAUAGACAAGUGAUUGAUUUCUGAGUAGCGUUUGCGAACUGUCAAAUCAAAAUGGCCGUUUUCAACCCGGUUUUGAUGAUCGAGGAGGUGCAAAAGCGGCCUGCGUUGUACAAGGCGGACAUGCCGGCCGAUCGCGAGGAGAAGUUGUCGUUGUGGAAAGAGAUCGGCGCGGUUAUGUACCCCGACUGGGACUCCAUUAAUAAGGCGACGGCGUAUGAUAGAGUACUGCAACUGCAACGAAAAUGGCGGUCGCUCCGUGACGCGUACAACAGGGAGCUGAGGUCGCGACGCUCCGGCAACAGGACCAACAAACGCACCUACAGGUACUUCAAGAGGAUGCGCUUCCUGGGAGGAUACGAUGGAAACGUCAGCGAUGGAGACGAGUCAGUCGUCAAUGACGUGAUCAUGUUCAGCUCGAGCAACGUUGACGAGCAGAGUGUUGACACAACUGAGGUGCAAGUCAGGCCGAAGCGGAAAAAGCGCCAAAGGGAACCUAGUUCUGACAGCAACCCGCCCGAAGAAAUAGAGAUGCCAGUGUUUCCUAUAGAUGACAACGAGUCAGAUACUGACAAAUUGUUUCUAUUAUCGUUUUUGCCAGAGAUGAGGCAACUACCCAUCCACAUAAAGAUGUGGGUGAGAGCCCAGAUAGCGAAUGUGAUGCAAGAAGCAGUGUCGAAUCAUUAUAACAAUACUCUGCCGGGAAGUGAUAGAAACCAAUUAGAUGUAAAGCGACAAAGGCUAGAUAGCAUAGAAUAGUUAUUAGGUAGAAAUUGUUGAUUGUUAAUAUUUUGGAACUUGGAUCAGUGGUAACAAGUUCUUGGUUUUGAAAGAAUUGUCUAUUAUAAUUGACCUUUAUUUGAUAGUCAGGUAACGCAAAAUAUCUAGAUAUUCUAUGAAAUAUCAUAUUUGUUCUAUUUCCAUCCACAAGAUCCAAGUUUCGUUUUGUACUUACAAGAUAAAGAAAAAUUUUGAUGCAAUGACCGUUAGAGUAAGAGGUAAGUAGAUUGUAUUGAAAUUGAUGAUUGGAAACACGUACUUUUAAAAAGAUACGAGUGUGUUAUUAAGAUUAAGCAACUAUUGUAAGUUUACAAUGAAUAAAGCCAUGGGCAGUUUA